AUGUUGGAAGUGUUGUCGGAAGAGCUUCUGAAAGUUGGUUUGCAACUCAAUCCGCAGAAAACCAAAAUUUUGACGACAACAGAGCUGGCAUCGCCAAUGUAUUUGGAUGUGCAUGGAGACAUGAUUUCGGUUUUGCACGGUAAAGACCAACAUCCGUACCUCGGACGUUUAUUGUGCGGCCAUCUCCGUGAGCGUGCAGCUGUGGAAUACUCACACCGUAUUCGUGUUGCAUGGCACAAGUUUCAUUUACAUCGGCAGAGCUUGUUGAACAAACAUGUCUCAUUGAAGAACAGGUUGAAGCUGUUUCAAGCCGUUGUGACUCCGGCGGUACUGUAUGGACUA